AUGUUGGGAUUUCUACUUUUCCUGCCGCUAGUCGGCGCCGCCGUCAUUGGGCCCAGGGCGAACAGCCAAAUUUGUCCUGGAUAUAAGGCAUCGCACGCUAAACAUAACAGCCACACUUUCACUGCGGAUUUGACACUCGCAGGCAAACCGUGCGACACGUAUGGCACCGAUUUGAAGGACCUGAAGCUCUUAGUGGAGUACCAAACGGACGAACGCCUCCACGUCAUGAUCUAUGAUGCCAAUGAACAGGUGUACCAAGUUCCUGAGUCUGUUCUGCCUCGGGUUGGCAAUGGCAAUGGCACUGAGAAGGAUUCUGCUCUGAAGUUCGAUUAUGUGGAAGAGCCUUUCUCGUUCACCGUGUCUAGGAAUGGAGAUGUGCUUUUCGAUACCUCUGCAUCCAACCUGAUCUUCCAAUCACAGUAUCUGAAUCUUCGCACCUGGUUACCAAAUGACCCUCAUCUAUAUGGCCUCGGAGAGCAUACCGAUUCGCUCCGAUUGGAAACGAACAAUUACACCCGUACCCUAUGGAAUCGUGAUUCCUACGGCGUACCGAGCCACAGCAAUCUGUACGGUGCUCACCCUGUGUACUACGACCAUCGUGGGAGUGCUGGAACCCACGGUGUCUUCUUAGCAAAUUCGAAUGGUAUGGACAUCAAAAUCAAUAAGACACUGGAUGGCAAGCAGUAUCUUGAGUACAAUAUACUGGGAGGCGUACUUGAUUUCUAUUUCUUCACCGGUUCGACUCCCAAGGAAGCUAGUACCCAGUACGCGAAAGUUGUUGGGCUUCCAGCCAUGCAGAGCUACUGGACCUUUGGUUUUCAUCAAUGCAAGUACGGUUAUAGAGAUGUUUAUGAAGUGGCUGAAGUGGUGUAUAAUUAUAGCCAAGCUGGAAUCCCACUAGAGACCAUGUGGACCGACAUUGACUAUAUGGAGCUGAGAAGAGUGUUCACCCUCGACCCGGAAAGAUUCCCACUUGGCAAAAUGCGGGAGCUUGUGGAUUACCUUCAUGACCAUAAUCAGCAUUAUAUUGUCAUGGUUGAUCCCGCCGUAAGCACGAGUGGUGCUGUGUGGCCUGGUGUAACUGUCUACCCUGAUUGGUUCCAUCCAGCCAUUCAAGACUAUUGGAACGGGGAGUUCAAUAAGUUCUUCGAUCCUGAAACCGGUAUCGACAUUGACGGCCUGUGGAUCGACAUGAACGAGGCCGCAAAUAUGUGCACCUUUCCCUGCACCGACCCGGAAAGAUACUCUAUUGAGAACGAUCUUCCACCCGCACCACCCGCUGUCCGGCCCAGUAACCCUCGUCCGUUGCCUGGAUUCCCGGAUGACUUCCAGCCAGGCUCUUCGAAGAGACUCUCGAAAAGAGCACAUGGUGAUAAGCUUGGGCUGCCUGGCCGCAACCUCCUCAGCCCCCCUUACUCAAUUAAGAAUGCGGCUGGAGCUCUUAGCCAGAACACUAUUCAAACCAACAUUGGCCACGCAGGAGGUUACGUUGAAUACGACACCCAUAAUCUCUAUGGAACCAUGAUGAGCUCGGCCUCUCGCAUAGCAAUGCAGCAACGCCGUCCCGACGUCAGACCCUUAAUCAUCACUCGCAGCACGCUCGGUGACAAUCUCAGCACUUGGAAGUUGUACCGCGCCUCGAUCGCCCAGGUCCUGGCCUUCGCCUCGAUGUUCCAGAUUCCCAUGGUAGGAGCUGAUGUCUGCGGCUUCGGUUCAAACACCACAGAAGAGCUCUGUGCGCGCUGGGCAUCACUUGGAGCCUUCUACACCUUCUACCGUAACCAUAACGAGAUUGGCAACAUCCCCCAGGAGUACUACUACUGGGAAUCGGUAACUGAAUCCGCGACCAAGGCCAUCAACAUCCGGUACCAGCUCCUCGACUACGUUUACACUGCCUUCCACCGCCAGAGCAAAACCGGUGAGCCCUUCCUGCAGCCCUUAUUCUACCUGUACCCAGAGGACAAAAAUACCUUCGCAAUCGACCUGCAGUUUUUCUACGGCGACGCCAUUCUUAUCUCCCCCGUCACCGAGAAAAACUCGACAUCCGUCAAUGCAUAUUUUCCCAAGGAUAUCUUCUACGAUUGGUACACCGGCGCCGUAAUCCAGGGUCAGGGCGCGAAUAUCAUUCUGUCCAAUAUCAACAUCACCCAUAUCCCCAUUCACAUCCGUGGCGGCAAUAUCGUCCCCAUCCGCUCCUCUGGUGCGAUGACAACCACCGAGCUCCGCAAAAAGGGCUUCCAGCUUAUCAUUGCUUCUGGCAUCGAUGGGACAGCUUCUGGAAGCCUGUAUUUAGACGAUGGAGACUCGCUCGAGCAGACUGACACUGCCAACAUUGAGUUCGAGUACCGCAGUGGUGUUCUCUACAUCAAGGGGCAAUUUAUCCACGAUGUCCCUGUUAAGAUUGAGAGUGUUAUUUUGCUUGGUCAGACAACGACUGCCGGGGCUGGGCGGCACAACCAGAAGCAGGUCAUUGAAACCAACUUGGAGCUUACGGCGCCUACGAGGGUAAAACUAGCUUAG